AUGUGGCUGCUUCUGCCUCUGCUCCUGUCCGUCAGGUUGGCCACCAGCAGCUUCUCCGAGGAGCAGAGAGAUGGUAAGUACCAGGCCAAGGAGACCAGGGCCGAGCAGGGCGUCGCCGUGGCCGGGGAGGGGGCUCGGAUGGCGACCGGGACAAUCUGGAGCCUGGCCUCCUUCUGGGAAGGUACUGCCAGCGGCCGCGUGGGGGCGUCGGGGGCCCUGGCCGGCCUGGCCGCGUCCGGCCGGUGUCCUGUCCCGCGCGGUGGCCGUCACCUCUCUCCACCGUCCUGGCUGCCCCCGUCCCGUACCGCCCAGGGCCCAGGCCCUCCCCCGCUGCGGCGCUUCCGCUGCCGCUCGGCCGAAGGCCCAGGGCCCUCAGCUCCCGGGAGCGGGGCGGGGGGUGGGGGUGGGGGUGGGGACCAUCCCCUGCGUUUGCUCCUGCCGGGCCGGACUCAGCCUCCCGCGUCCGGGCCUGACCCGCCCGGAGAGCAGCGCCCCAGCCCUGAGCUGCUGCCUUCCCCGGGGGUCCCCGCAGCACCCCCUGCCGAGGUCCGCAUCGCCUACAAAGUCCUGGAGGUCUUCCCCCGCGGCCGCCGCGUCCUCAUCUCCUGCCACGCCCCCCGCCAGCACCCGCCCCUCAACUACUCCCUCUGGGGCAGCGGCGGCAUCGAGGUGGCCAGGAAGCUGGUGGUGACCCGGGCACAGGCCUCCUUCUCCGUCAACGUCACGCUCAAGUCCAGGCCAGACCUGCUCACCUACUCGUGCCAGCUGGCGGCCCCGGGGGGCGCGCGCGCAGCCAGCGCGGAGCUGCAGAUGUACUGGGAGCUGUGGACCAAGCCGGUGUCCCAGCUCCGGGCUGACUUCACCCUGCAGGACGGCAGGGCAGGAGCCCAGGUGCUGGUGUCCUGCCAGGCGUCCACGGGCAGCCCCCCCAUCGCCUACAGCCUGGUGGGGAAGGACGGGCGUGUCCACCUGCAGCAGACGCCCAGCCACGGGCAGCCAGCACGCUUCUCCCUCCCCGUGACGCAGACGCCAAACUGGUUCCAGUGCCGGGCUGAGAACGGUGUCAGCGCAGACUCCAGCCCCCUCACGCUGGUGCCCCCAGGGCUGCUGCCCCAGGUGCCCACCAUGCUGCUGGCCGGCAGCCUCGUCUCCAUCGCUGCCGUGACUUCUGGGAUGCUGGGCUGGGCCUGGAGGACCAGGCUAUGAGCCCGGAGCGCUCGAGGGUCCAGGUGUCCGCGCCGGAGGCCGGAGCAGCUGCCGCCACCUCGAGCCGUGUGGGGCUCUGGGAAGGCCCCGGACCUCGCCAGCCGCUGACCACCUGCUCCACUGGCCGCACCUGCCCUCCUUCCCCGCCCACACACCCGGGCGGCGCCGGCGCGCCCAGCCAGCACCCUCGUUAAUCUCCUCGGGCCCCUGGCUGCAGGGCCCUUGCAGCCCAGCGGGGCAGGCCCAGGCCCACGGGGAGAGCCUGGGUGGGGAGGGCGGGGGCCACGGAUUAAACUGUCCCCUGCCGCGAGCGUGAGGACAUUCUUUCCGCCCGCGCCCCGCCGCGAGCCCGGAAGGCUGGGGGGACCCGAGCUGGGCUUGGCCGCGGCGGGCAGGUGCGCCCCAGAGGCUCCCCGGCGGCGGCGGCGGGGCGGGCGCGG